CACACCGUUGAAGAACUGGAAUUGCCUUGUUUCGAGGUGAUCGGUGAAAGUUUCCCUUUCGUGACACGGUGUGACAGUUGGUGGAAAAAGGAGUCGCGAUGAUGCUGGGAGGAUACGAGGCGCAGCCGGAUUACUAUCCACAGUGGCAUCAACCCUACAAUUAUGUCACUCAGUUACCUUACGGUCCGCUGAACGUUCCCGACGCGGACAGCCAAUCAACGUACUGGGGCGCGGAUUCAGGGAUCUCCGGGGGUAGUUCGGGCGCGGGGAGUCCCACCGCCUCUACGCCACCCCUGAUCGAAGAGAUUGGAGUGCAAGAACCGAGUUACUCCCCUCUGCAACAAUACUCCCAUCCGACGAUAAAUCAGCACUACGCCAAUCUAGUCUAUCAACCGCAACAAGAGGUCUCUCAUCAUCAUUUACAUCAUCAUCAUCAUCAUCAUCAACAGACGCAGAGAAGGGACGGUGAAUAUUCCGAUGUCUCCUCUGUAAAUCAAGUGGACGUAUCGCUCGAGCAACACCUCAGACAAGGUAUCAGAGAGGGUGGAGUGGUGGUGAGACCGAAGAGAAGAAACACGGCUAAUAAGAAGGAGAGAAGAAGGACACAGAGUAUAAACAACGCUUUCGCGGAUCUUAGAGAUUGUAUACCGAAUGUACCAGCUGAUACGAAGCUGUCGAAGAUCAAGACGUUGCGGUUGGCUGCCUCUUACAUUGGAUAUCUGAUGGCGGUGUUAGAGAGCGACGAGGGAGAGGAGCCACAGACGUUCAGAGCGGAGAUUUUGUCGAACGGAAGGAGGAACAAGACGGGUCAGGUUAAUCAGAACGAGUCGUGUUUGCAUCAAGCGUCGGGAUUAGGCACGGAGGAAUCGUCGAAGAGCAAAGGACGAACUGGAUGGCCACAGCACAUGUGGGCCCUCGAAUUGAAGCAGGAAUCACCGACCAACCAGAUGCAAUAAAAUCUCUCUCGAUCUCUAUCUAUUUCUGACGCACCGCUGGCUUCUGCUCUGCGCCACGAAUUAUCGUCGAACGAAUCAAACGGAAGGUUAAACCGUGUCUGGUGGUGGGUAUACCAGGAAGAUUCGUCGAAUAUUCGCGACUUUUCUUAGCCAAUUACGGAACGUUUAGAGAAUAUUGAAUAGCGAGUGUGAAUUUUAAAUUCUCUUUGAUUUUCCUAACCUAACCUGUUAACUGCGAGA